GCCCAGACAUCAGUUCCCAGUCGGAAUCUACAUAAAACGACAGUGUGUGUUUUUGAGUUCACUACAAAACGAUUUAAGCAAAGCUGAAAAAAUGAAUUUCUUCAAAAAAUUACGCAACCGUCUGGUACCUUACCGCGUCCCGGUGAAUGGUACUCGCAGGAACAACCGUCAAGUACGCCAGAAUACGGUAGCAGAAGUACGUGGCAACUCUCGUCAGGCCGCGACUGUGGCUGAUGCUGUGAAUGAGUUUGCAAUUCUGAGUGAGUCUGUGGCUGAGGCUGUGACUCAGCCUGUGACUCUGGCUGAGGCUGCGACUGUGGCUGAGGCUGUGACUGUGGCUGAGGCUGUGACUGUGGCUGAGGCUGUGACUGUGGCUGAGGCUGUGACUGUGGCUGAGGCUGUGACUGUGGCUGAGGCUGUGACUGUGGCUGAGGCUGCGACUGUGGCUGAGGCUGUGACUGAGGCUACAGCGGCUACUGCGGCUGAGGUCGAGACUGUGGCUGUGGCUACUGUGGCUGAGGUCGAGACUGUGGCUAUGGCUGUGGACAAGACUGAGGAAAAGCCGGAGACUGUGGCUGAGGCUGAAGCUGUGGCUGUGACUGAGGCUGAAGCUGUGACUGAGGCUGGAGCUGUGGCUGAGGCUGAAGCUGUGACUGAGGCUGUGACUGAGGCUGAGGCUAAGGCUGAUACUAAGGCUGAUACUGAGGGUGAGCCUGUGACUGAAGUUCAGGUUGGGCCCGAAUCUGAGGCUGUGGCUGAUGGAAGAGAUGCUGCCCCUGCAGCAGGUGAAGCUAACGAAGUGAUUGAUGUGGAGUUGGUAGCCGGCACUUUGAAUUCUUCUGACCCAACUCCCACCACUAACCCGUAAUUGGACGAUCUACUGAGGACAAGCACACACCAAACACUGUCACCGUUAAUUGCUCACACCGCUUAAAGGAGAUUGAUUGUGUCAUAGAUGCCCCUCCGCCCCCCCCACAUUUUCCACAUCACACCACGGAGCAAAUCGGUGACGUCGCCGCCCAUAUGGCGUAUAUGUAUAUAUAUAGAUCGAGUCGCAUACAUACAUAUUUAUAUAGAGAGUCUAUGAUUACACAAUAAGUCUUACCGCUAACAAUGUACAAAUAUUAAA